AUGAUGAAAAUACCCGACACAAACCUGCUUAUAAACAAGAAACACGUAUGUGCUGAAAGUGAAGGGUUCACUUUCAGUGACUUCUCAAAUCUUCUUCCGGUCCUGCAUGGUCAGCUGAUGAUACUCGACAAUUUCCCUAAGGAAACGGGUCUCGAGCUGAAGCCUUACCUGGCAAUCAACAAUUGGGAAAUAAUCUUACAUCACGAGAUGCCUUCAGUUGAGUUUCCAAAUCAGUGUGGGUCUGAAACUGAGGCUGCCUACGAGUUUGCCGCAAGCUACCAUGCUCUGAAUCCUGAUUCUGGGCUAUCGAGCUACCACCCUUUUUCGUCAAGCGAAUAUUACGAGUCUCUUGAAUGA